UCAAGUUACGUUUGUUUGAAUGGGGAAAAAAGCCACUCGGUCCACUGCUUUGUUUUGUAACCUUUGAAAAAGGAGGUAUUUAUCGCUUUAGCUAACUAGUCACCCUUUGGUAUAGCUUUUCGUUAUUAACUUGAUUAAUAUUUAAUUUUAGGUUGUUAUUUGUUUUUGUUGUUCUGGUCAGAGAGUUCAUUUUUCCAAAACAGAAGAUGGAUUCAGUGAGGAUCAAGGCAACGAACAGGUCAGACGACACCCAAAACCCCGUUCUUGUACACAAUCCUUACCUCCAGAGGAUGAAAGAUGACUUCCUGUACCACUUCAACCUGGGCAAAGGAACACACAACCUUCCCGCUCUGUUUGGUGACACCAGAUUUGUGUGCGUCGGGGGCAGUGCAUGCCGAAUGAAAGAGUUCAUCGAGUACAUAGCCGUAGAGCUUGGCAUGGAAGAUCCCCAAUCAAAGUACCCCAAUAUCUGUGCCGGAACAGAUCGCUAUGCCAUGUACAAAGUUGGGCCUGUACUCUCUGUCAGCCAUGGAAUCGGCAUCCCGUCCAUGUCAAUCAUGUUACAUGAGCUGAUUAAACUCCUCCAUCACGCACGUUGCCAGGAUGUUACAAUAAUACGCAUUGGGACAUCAGGUGGAAUAGGCCUGAAGCCCGGGACCGUCGUUAUCACCAGACAGUCCGUAGAUGCAACAUUCCUGCCCAAAUUCGAGCAGCUGAUCCUGGGGAAGACGGUUGUGCGUGAUACUGAUCUGGACUGCUUCCUGGCGGAAGAGUUGCUGGAGUGCAGCAAGGAGCUGGGCCAGUUUGAGACGGUCAUCGGAAACACCAUGUGCACGCUGGACUUUUAUGAAGGUCAGGGCCGUUUAGACGGGGCUUUCUGCUUGUACACCGAGAAGGACAAACAAGAAUACCUGGCUAAAGCUAGGGAUGCGGGUAUCUGCAAUAUCGAAAUGGAGUCCACCGUUUUUGCUGCCAUGUGCAAACUGAGCGGCCUACGAGCGGCUGUGGUUUGCACGACAUUACUGGAUCGUCUGAAGGGAGAUCAGCUGACGAGCUCCCGUGAGGUUCUCCACGACUACCAGCAACGCCCUCAGAUCCUGGUAGCCCGCUACAUCAAGAAGCAGCUGAAAGCCAAAUAACUCCAUAGCUAAUGUAGCAUCAUAAUAAAGCAUUCGCUUUCAUUCUA